CUUGUACCCGAUGAAACGUGUCCGACCUUCCUUUUUCGACAUGAAUAGGGUGCCUUAUUUAGUUACCGUUGCUAGCGGACUCACUGGAUAAUUAGCGGAUUUAAAAAUGGAAGGAAUGUUGUCCGAUUUUUAGGUUUAAAUCUAGAAAUAAAUGCAGCGGGCUGAAGAACAGAAACAUGUUUCGCUAAACAGUCAUUACUGAGACGGACCGACCAUGAAGAUCCGACUGAGACCCAACCACCACCCGAUGGUCUUAUUGCGGGCUGCCAAAAUACGGAUGAAGAACCACAGCAAGUUGGUCACCGUGAUCAGUAUUCUGCUUGGAAUAUUUCUCUUGAUUUACGGAAGGACAGUUUUCCACGUGACGGGAGAGUUUCUAACCCAUUCAAAUUUUAAUUUCAAUCUGUGUAAACGGUUUCACCAAAUGACGCAUGUGGAGACAAAGCAAAGUGCUAUACCGAAAAUUAUACACCAGGUAUUUCUCAAUGUUUCAACUAACAGGAUGGAAUUCUUUAAAAAGUACGAGCCUUACAGACGCUCCUGGCAGGAAAAGAAUCCUGGAUUUAAAUAUAUACUUUGGAAUGCCUCUAUGAUUGAAACACUUAUUAACAAGAGUUAUCCAUCCAUAGGUCCACUGUACAAAAGAUAUCGCAAUAUAUGGCAGGCUCGUGCCGAUAUUGCACGUUAUCUCGUGGUACAUUAUAUGGGAGGUAUUUACGCAGACAUCGAUAUCACGUGCAGAGGGAGUAUGGAAGAACUGUAUAACGAAAUUGGUGAUAAAAGAGUUGCUUUGAAUUACACAUAUAAUCCUUUUGGGAUUGCGAACGACUUUUUCGUAGCAUCGAGAAAUCAUGAAUUCAUGGCGCACGUGCUUGACGGGUUACAAGCCGCCGACGUAUUGUACUUUACACCAUUUUUAAACUCUAUGUUUAGGACUGGACCGAUGUAUAUGCUGGGAAGGUAUUUGAAUUACCCCCACCAGGAAGACGUUUACUUCUUACAGUCUUCACGGCUAUACAUUUCUAGCGAGAAUAGUGACAAAUCAUGGCACGGUAUUGACGGGUACGUCAUUGCCAUCAUCUGGAACGGUGUAGACUCACUGCAGAUACUCAGCGUGAUUCUAUUAAUAGUUUUUAUAGUGCGCUUGAAUAAACUCCUUAAGAUCCGUGCUAAACUUGUUAAAAAAUCAAGGAAACGAGUUCAGUUCUAUGAUGGAAGCUCAAUGUUGCCAAUCAUGGAGGAGGACGCGUUAUGAGUAAAAAUUUGCUUCACCGCGUUACCAAAGUACAUCAUUGCGUUGUGCUCUUUUAUUGAAAAAAAAAUCUAUGCUCAAAUUGUGGAGAAAUAUAACUUUUGAAUGAAGUUUAAAACGACAACUCUUCUUUUUUAAUGUUUACAGUAAUUAUAAUGCAAACCCUAAAUACACAAAUAUAUAGUAUUGUGCAGCGAAAAUUUCGGAUUACGAAUAUGCAAGGACCAGAACUGACGGCUCGACUCGCAUGUACAACGGCACGCCUGUUUAUUUUCUGAAUUCUGGAAAUGAAUUGCGGGCAGAAAAAAAAUAGAUUAAAAUUACUACCGAACGUGAAGAUGGAAAUAUUUAACUGUACAUGCUACUUUGAAAUGCAAUUUUCUUACAAGGUUGGCGGUGCACAGUCGGAUAGCAUGGCAUUCUGUGCUCGGACGAAUUAGUUACUUGGUAGCGAAUGACCUGUAUCAACUGACUAAAAUAUACUUCUGUAACUGGAAAACUUUCUUAUUACCAUUUUGCUAAACAAAAAACGGACAUUGCUUUGUAAGUGAAACGUGAUGAAAAGAAGUCUUCCAUUUUAGAUGGUAUUGUCAGAUGAGCGGUGAUGCUCCAGGCCAGUAUCUCAGGCAUACGUGUAUUCAUUUCUAGUCUUAAAGAUGUGGCCUGUUAGGGUUUACAUAUCCCUACAAGUAAAUGUGGUAUAACAAUGUCAUGUUGCAGGAAAUUUCACUCUUUUAAAGCCGCAUUUUCAAGAGAAUAGGGGAACUUACAAUGGUUCAUCAUUAUCAUGCAUAGAUGUUGAAACAAACUGAUUAGAAAAUUGACAAAAACAAUGGAUUUUAGUUUGAAAGAAUAUUUUUUCCAAUUUCAUAAGGACUUUCUUGUGUAUUUGCUCUAAAGAAAGCACCCCUUGAGCGCCCAAAAUCAGAUGUAAAUACUUAAGGUAAUUUGUGAAUGAACCUCUUUGAAAGAAUCCAGUGAUCGAAAGUAAUUUGUUCUUCAAGAAUUAAAGUGCUACCCCAUUUAUAUAGUACGUGAGAACAUUAUUUUUCAUAUUUGUGUUGGGGGGUCUUAUAUUUACGACACCCAACCCUUGCAUGCUUAUAACUAUGUUUAAUUUAGAUUGGUUUAUAUUUCAUAGUAAUUUCUGUAAGUAUUAUAAAUGACAUCUUGUCAGUGCAUACAGAGCGGCAGGCGUGGAUUAUUUUGUCCUUCACAUUUUGGUUGAACACCACUAAAUGUAGGCAAUUGGAUACUAGAACGGAUAACAUCCCAUCGGAUGUGACUUUUUAAUUUCUUGAUGGCCCAUUUGUCCUACACUAGUACACAAAUACAGAAACCAGUCAUAUUUUGAUAGAUAUAAGGAUCCUAUGCUUAUUAAAUCAAAAUUCAUAAAAACGUGUUUUCAAUGCAGUAUUUGCUUUAUUGUAUAUAUACAUUUAAGAAAUGUCUAGCUUAAAUAAUAUAUUCAGUUGUACUAGUUGACAAACAUAUCCCAUUUCCAUUUCGUGAAUGGGGUAGAAUAAGAUCGUGUGUUCCCAUGUCAUGCUUAAUUUAAGAUGAAUUUAAGUAAAUGGUUUGUAAAGUAUAUAUGAUAACUAGGGCGUGCAAUUUCACAUUAAAGGUGGUUAAUCAGAUUUUGAGCAGGAAAUGGAUUUGAUUGCAAGUUUAACAAAUGAUCAUUUAUGCUUAUAUGUGUUCACUUGUUCGAUUUUCACUGGCUGAAUUUUUUAAUUUUUGUUUUACCUAUCCAGUAGUUGCCCAACAAAGAUAGAGUUAUUUUAGCAUAUGUAUAAGUUUAAUAAACAUACUUUGCCUGAGGAAUGCUAUGAAUAUAAGAAAUAUUGUAUUGUAUUUGUCAAAGAUUAACAUUAAAAUAUAUAUUAAGUCAAGUA